AUUCUGAACAUCAAAUUGCACUGACGAACACCACGAGAGCGAUUUCCUUUAAUCGAGAUUGUACCGUGACUUUAUCCAAGAAUUGCACAGUGAUACUAGUAAAUGGCAUAAAUGAUGGCUACCAGAAGAAAUAGAAUCAUAAUGUUUGUGGCUCAGUCCAUUUUUGUUCAUGUAAUCUGUUUUGUCACAGGGCAGCAAAACAACUGCAGGAUUACAGAAUUUAUCGAUAAAUGUGGAAAUGUUGGAAGUUUAUUAAAUUGCAGCGGUCUAAAGAUCAACACAUUUCCAAAAAGCUUCCCAACAGCCAUCGGAAACCUUGCCAUAGAUCUAUCUUAUAACAACUUCAGUGUAAUAUCUACUGAAACUUUCAUUGACGUACCGCAACAUAUCUCACUUAAAGUCAAAUCUAUCUCCUUACAGGGAAACAAUUUAAAACUUAUCAAUAGUCGGGCCUUUUCACAAUUUCAAAAUCUGUGUGCACUGGAUAUAAGCAACUGUGGAUUGAAGAAAACUUCCUUUGAGGAAGGCGCCUUUGCUGAAUCUGAAAAUAUAAAAUAUUUAAAUUUGAACAAUAAUAACUUUCAAUUUGGCGGAUAUCCCGAAAAGGAAAUAACUCGUUUGAUUGCUUUACAGAGUCUCUUAAUUGAUGUAUUUUCUGAAUUUCAAUUUAAUAAGUCAUUUACUAAUUUAAAAAACUUGAGUGAAGUUGAAUUUAACACAAUAGGAUCUUCUUUUCAUUUAACAAAUGUCACAUUUCAUGGACUCUCUGAAUCGCCAAUAUACUACAUAAACAUGUCGUUUAGAAACUAUGUAUAUUGCGACAUAACUGAGGAUUUAUUUUGUUCAUUUCCAUUUUUAAAAGGAGUUAAAAUGAACAUUGCAGGGAAGUGUGAUGUAGUCCCUGCUUUGCGAGCCUUAAAAUGCCUUCAAAACAGAUCAUUAGAGUAUCUUUAUCUGCAGAACAACAUAAAAACCUUCCCAGGCAGCAAUAUCAUACUUUCUGAGUGGAAUAGUGAAUAUUUAUUUAACAUUUGUGCAAAAUCAGUUAACAUUAGUCAUAACGGAAUAAAGAAGGUCUCCCCUGAUCCUUACUAUACUCGACUCGGCAAAUGCAUCGAAGGAUUAGAUGUAUGGUAUAACCAUAUAACUGCAAUUGAUGCUAAAAUUGGUUUCCAUUUAUUAAGUAAUUAUCCAAAACUAGAAGCUAUAAGAGCCCAAACAAUCAAUUCAAACCAGGCGCCAUUUUCAUUUUCUGAAUUUUCAUCUUUAGGCACUUCAAAGUUUACUUUAAGAAUUUCAAACCGUUUGCGAGUCUUGGAUUAUUCAAAUAAUUACAUUCACAGCGUGACUGAUAUGAAAACAGAGGUAACAUUUAUUGGAAGCAAUCUGGAGCAACUCUAUCUCAGAAAUACAAACUUUCCUUGCAAUGCUUUGACCCCCCUACAUACCCCAAAAUUAGAAAUUAUAGAUAUUACAGGUAAUCGGUGCAACAAAAUGCAUAAGAAACUGUUCAAAUUCGCAAUUAACUUGAAAUCUAUAACAGCGUCAAAUAUUCAGCUUGAGAUUGGAAAAUAUACUGAAGGCCAGUAUUUAUUCAUCAACCUUUCAAAACUCAAAUCGUUAGAUUUAAGUAUGAAUUCUUUAAAAUUCUUACCAUCUUAUCUAUUCCGUGACCAAAGCAAAUCGUUGCACACUAUCAGUCUCGACAAAAAUUUGUUCUCCUCCAUUCCAUUUACACUAUCAAUGUUAAGGAAGCUUUCAAAUCUGUCACUUCGUUACAACAGGAUAUCGUCAUUUCAAUCAUCGGAUAUUGCCAUCAUAAAUCAGCUACAGAACGUAAAAAUAUUUAUCGAAGGAAAUCCAAUUAGUUGUGCAUGCUCAGAAUUAUUCUCGUUGAAGUGGAUGAAAAAAAACCAAAUGAUCAUUAAAGAUCUGAAAAUUACGAAGUGCAUUGAUAACAAACAAACUUUGUCAAGCCUUUUUCAGGAUGCUACAUUCAGAACUUUUGAACUAAAUUGCCAAUCCAAGGAAUGGCUGAUUUAUACAUCUUUCGUCCUUUUUUUCCUCAUUAUGAUACUGAUUUCAGCGGGUGCAGUGAAAAGAUAUCGGGUACACGUAGAUUACGUCAUCUUACAAUUGCGUAACAGAUGGAAAGGUGUCAUGAGAAAGAGACCAAAUAGUGUUUAUGAGUUCGAUGUGUUCUUGUCGCAUUCUGAACACGACUAUGAAUGGGUGACUAAUAUAUUGUACGAAAAAUUAACGAGACAAGGAAUUCGUGUUAGUUUACCAGAGAAAGAUUUUAUUCCGGGUCUUUCUAAAGCAAAGGAAAUGCUAAGGUGCAUUGACAACAGUCGAAAAGUAAUGUUUGUUAUUACUGAGGAGUUUUUGGAGAGUGGAUGGGAGUCUUACGCGGUUCAAAUGACAGUUACGCAUGCUUUUCAUAAUCACAAAGAACAAUCUAUUGUCGUUUUAAUGAAAGAUGACAUUUCUCCUGCGAAAAUGCCAAAAGAUUUAAGGUAG